CUACUCUUAACUGAUUACUCAGUAUUUCGCCUUCGCUGAAAGGUUUCCCCGAUAGGGGUGUGCCAUGCCGGAGCAUUCCUUGGAAACGUCUCAUCACUCAUCGCUCGUCGCUCAACCCCUCGAUUCACCCACCCCCGAAUGAAAGCUGUGAUCAAGUCUAAGCUUCACACACUGCCAAGAUGUCGAGUGUCAAGGCCCAGCUGAAGUCCAUAGCCGAUUCCGUUAAACAAUCUAAAUGGGACGAUGCCGCCCAGAAAGCCAAUGACUUGCUCGAGACAGAGCCACGGAACCACCAAGCAACCAUAUUUCUUGCUUUUGCACUCGACAAGAAGAACAGGUUGGACGAGGCCGAGAAAGCCUACAAGUCAGCCGCAUCCCUCAAGCCUCAAGAUAGCCAGGCAUGGCAAGGCGUCAUUAAGCUCUACGAGAAGCAGGGAUCCACGAAGGUGUCCCGCUACCGAGAAGCUGCUUUGAGUCUGGCGGCCAUUUGGCACCAGGCCAACGACAUGUACAAGUGCCAAGAUGUCAUUGAUAAGUUCAUCGACUUCGUCAAGGUCCACGGCGACCGAGUGCAGUACGUCGAAGCCCUCGAAGUUAUCCUCCCCGAGAGCCCCAUAUAUGCCGCCCUGGAAGGCCGCGUGCCGCACCCGGCCAAGACGUACGACACCAUGGCCCAGAUCAUAGAAACCGAAGAGAAGAAACGUAUCAACACUCUCAUCGGAGAACGGAGGACAAGGAUCGGCGCACGCAUCAAUGAAGUCACCAGCGAAGUCAAGCGUGAAGUUCUGGGACAGAGCAAGCUACCCAACAUCUACCAGCAGCUCAUAAAUUGGACCAACGAUGAUGAUACCCGCCGUCGGUACGAGGAGAAGCUCCUCCAGUGGUGGUAUGAGUGGCUCCUUGUGGCGCAGGCAGGCGAGAAAAAAGCCGGUGCGCUGCAGAUGGUGCAGCGUCUGUCCCUCGACAUGGUUAUUAUCAAGCAUCCAUUUCGGCUGGCCUGGGACAUUGUCAUCGACUGGAAGGACGGUGCCCAGAUCAAAGAAUGGGACGUCAACAUUCUCCGAGAAUAUUGUACUUUCUUCCCGGAAAGUGACACAUACAAGGUGAUCACUGGCUUCUUGACGAGCAGCUUAUCCCCAUUCCCCAAACCUGCGCCGGCGGAAUUGGAGGCCAGCGAAAGCGAGGAUGAGAGCGAAGAUGAUGAUGGAGGUGGCGUGUCUAUGGUUCCCGUCACCGAUCAAGAUAGACUCCUCAUGAUGACGGACGGAAUCGCCACAUCGGACUCCCUCUUCGCUUAUCGUCUCAUGGGCGAAUACUACCAGCACCUGGAGGAACACGAGAGCAACGUGGAACUGAUGCGGAGAGCCUUCAGGUAUCUUGAGGGGGAGAGUUCAAAGACGGGCAUGGCCUUUCAAAAUACCAGGGAUGCAUUUGCCUUGUAUCUGGGAACGGCGCUCGUCUUCUAUCAAUCGCCUCGUCACCACAGCGAAGCCAAAUCUCUAUUUGAGGGCGUUCUUUCUCAUGGCCGAUCUUCGACGCCCGCGCUGAUUGGUAUUGGCCUGAUAUAUGAGGAGGAAGAGGAGUACGAUGAGGCAGUAGAUUUUCUAGAACGGGCCGUUCAGAGGGAUCCGACCAACAUGCGUGUGAAGACCGAGGCAGCAUGGGUCAAGGCCUUGAGGGGUAACCACGAGCUGGCGCGAGCGGAGCUUGAAGAUGCGCUUCCCACGAUUGAGAAGAAAGGCCAGCCGGCGAAAGAACUCCUCGCGUUGACACAGUAUCGGAUUGGUGUCUGUCUCUGGGACUUGGAUACCUCGAAAGCCGCCAGGAAGAGUCGGACGGGGGCUUACGCCUAUUUCCUGAACGCUCUGAAGAACGACCUAAAUCUUGCCCCAGCGUAUACGAGCCUCGGCGUAUACUACGCGGACUAUGCCAAAGAUGGGAAGCGAGCCAGGCGGUGCUUCCAGAAGGCCGUGGAGCUUUCCUCGUCAGAAGUCCUCGCGGCGGAGAAACUUGCAAGGUCCUUUGCCGACGAAGGAGACUGGGACCGCGUCGAGCUCGUGGCUCAGCGAGUGGUGGACUCAGGCAAGGUCAAGCCGCCCCCGGGUUCCAAGAGGAAGGGCAUCAGCUGGCCCUUUGCGGCUCUCGGCGUGGCAGAACUGAACAAGCAAGACUUCCACAAGGCCAUCAUUUCCUUCCAGUCGGCCUUGAGGAUUGUCCCGGAGGAUUACCACUGCUGGGUCGGUCUCGGAGAGAGCUAUUACUCGUCCGGUCGAUACAUCGCAGCCACCAAGGCUAUUCUCAAUGCCCAAAAACUGGAAGAGACAAUGGAAGCCGAGCGUCUCGGCGAUACAUGGUUCACCAAGUUCAUGCUGGCUAAUGUCAAGCGAGAAUUAGGCGACUUUGAUGACUCUAUCGCCCUGUACCGCGAAGUUUUGGACGGCCGGCCGAGCGAGGAAGGUGUUGCCAUAGCACUGAUGCAGACCAUGAUUGAGAAUGCGUUAUACGGCAUCGAGAAAGGCCUGUUCGGCAAAUCCGUCGGGCUCGCGCUAGAUACCAUCGCAUUCGCCUCAACGGCCGAGGCGAGCUUCAGGGGCAACUUCAAUUACUGGAAGGCCCUGGGUGAUGCUUGUUCAGUCUUUUCCGCAGUGCAGAGUCGGGCGGCGGAUUUUCCAACCGAGACUGUGAUGGGCAUUUUGCAGGAUUGCCCCGACAACGCGUACGAGAUCCUCACUGACGUCGACAACGUCGGGAUGGGCGUCAUCUCCGCCAAAGGCCUCUUCUCGGAGGACGAGAGGUUCGGCGUGGAUUUGACGCGGUCCAUUCAUGCGACGAUCCUGUGCCACAAGCGGGCUGUACAUGAAUCUGCCGCAGACAUCCACGCACAAGCCGUGGCGUACUACAACUUGGGGUGGGCCGAGCACCGGGCGCAUACUUGUCUGCCCUCGAGCAUCAGGAAGAAGUUGAGUGCAUACCUCAAGGCUGCCAUGCGCUGUUUCAAGCGGGCCAUCGAGCUGGAGGCUGGCAAUUCCGAAUUCUGGAACGCGCUCGGUGUGGUCACAUGCGAGGUCAACCCUGCAGUGGCCCAGCAUUCAUUCAUUCGCAGUCUUUAUCUUAACGAGAGGAGCCCCGUAGCGUGGACGAACCUGGGAAGCCUGGCAGUCAUGCAGAACGAUGUCAGGCUCGCCAACGAGGUUUUCACGAGAGCGCAGUCGACCGAUCCAGAUUAUGCCCACGCCUGGCUCGGCCAAGCGUUCGUUGCGCUCCUGGUCGGGGAAGGCAAGGAAGCAAAGGGUCUGUUUACGCACGCGAUGGAAAUUGCAGAAUCUUCCUCGACCUUGACGAGACGGCAGUACCCGGUGGCCGUCUUCGACCACAUCCUCACGAAUCCUGCGAAUCUCAACGUCAUGUCUCUUCUACAGCCGGUCUUCGCUCUCGGUCAACUCCAGAAUCUGCGACCGCAAGACCUAGCGUACGGGCACCUGUCUACCCUUUUCCGGGAACGGUCCAACGAUACUGUCAGUGCCGUCUCGACCCUGGAGCACAUCUGUAGCGUACUCGAGGCCGACUACGAGCACACCGAGUCUCCCCAAUCUCUCGCUCGAUUCGCCCUUGCCAAGACAGACCUGGCGCGCAUGUACCUUGCAACGGGACAAUACGAGAAGGCCAUCGAGUGCGGCGAAAUGGCCAUCCAGCUCUCGGACGACGAGUCAGACAACGAGCUGAACAGGGAGGAGCGCAAGAAGGCUCGCCUCUCGGCGCAUCUCACCGUCGGGCUGGCGCAGUACUACAGCAACGACGUGGGCGAGUCCGUUUCCUGCUUUGAGGCGGCGCUGCGCGAGUCCGACGAUAACCCGGACGCCGUAUGCCUCCUCGCGCAGGUGCUUUGGGCCACGGGCACCGAGGAGUCGCGUGACAGGGCGCGCGGGGCGCUCUUCGAGGUGAUCGAGAAACAGCCGGACCACGUGCAGUCGGUGUUGCUGCUGGGCGUGAUCGCCCUCCUCGACGACGACGAAGAAUCUGUUGAGGCGGUCGUGACGGAGCUUCGGGGCUUGCGGACCAGCCAUGGUGUCUCGGCGGCCGAGCAGGAGCAGGUGGGUGAGGUGCUUGGCGCCAUCGCGGCGCUGGGCAGCGGGACCGGAGCGGGAGAAGACCUCGAGGAAGACGGCGGGGAGGUCCUGACGCACAUUCAGACGGAUAUAAUGCUCUAUCCGCACCUCCCGCAUGGGUGGUCGAAGCUGGCGGACGCAACAGGUGAAGUGUACCCGGCGGACAUGGCGCUCAAAGUGGCGAUGAAGGCGAUCCCGCCUAGGGGACCGUUGGAUGCCGUCGACCUGGCAAAGGCGUAUGCGGGAACAGGAAAGGCGGCAGAUGCGCAGACGGCUAUUUUCCUGGCUCCUUGGGCUCGGGAUGGAUGGACAGCCUUAGGGGAUGCGAUUUCGGGGCACUAAAAGGAUAAAAUAUGGGAGGUCCAGGGGCGUGAAAGUACUGGAUGACUGGAUGACGUACGGGAUAGUAUGAUGAAUGGUCGAUGUGGCUAUGACUGGGAUUGCCGGCGAGUGUCAUGACGGUAUUUUCUUUGAUAUUAUCUUUCUCUAAAGCUAGGGAAAGCA